UUGACUAUAUAAAGGUUCACUUGAACCUUGUUCACUCAGUCUCAACCUCAACUUCCAUCACCAUGUUUAAGACAGUGAUCUCUGUGUUGGCCAUCUUCCUGUUUGUGGCCUCUACCAUGGCCAGUCCCAUGCCUGAGCCUGGCUACCUUCGCUAUGGUGGCUAUGGAGGCUAUGGAGGCUAUGGAGGCUAUGGAUAUGGGGGCUAUGGAGGCGGAUACGGCUAUGGCGGUGGAUAUGGGGGAUAUGGAGGCCGUGGAUUCGGCUAUGGCGGCUAUGGCGGCUAUGGUGGUUAUGGACGUUAAGGACUGUCUUGCCUGAUGCAACACAAACUGUGUCUUGCCUGAUGCAACACAAACUGUGUCUUGCUUGAUGCAACACAAACUGUGUCUUGCCUGAUGCAACACAAACUGUGUCUUGCCUGAUGCAACACAAACUCUGGAUUGGACUUAUUACACCUUCCUUAACCCAGUAAUUUAUUUCCUUCCACAUUUACCCUUAUAAGAUCAAUUUAUAUUUAUAAAAUAAACAAUACAUCAAAUUUU